AUGCCGCACUCUUGCUCUGAUUCGCACGAGCGCUAUGGGACAAACAGUGUUCCAAGGACCGAUGCGACAGCGUGCGAGUGUGCCAGACUCGUUCGGAAGUACGACGAAGAAGUCUGCAAAGGUUGGAAAGAGGAGAUCGACACACUAUUGGUAUUUGCCGGUUUAUUCUCUGCAGUUACCACUCCAUUCAUAAUCGAUUCCUACAAAUGGCUAUACAAUUCGGCCAGUACGAACUCGGAUACAGCGUUCUUAAGCGCUCAUGCCGAGGAAAGAAUCAAUGUUUGCUGGUUCUUAAGCCUCGCUCUUGCGAUUUCCGCAGCAUCCACCGGCAUAUUAUGCAAACAAUGGCUCCGGGAGUACAUUAAAGAUGCGGGUCGUAACUCAAAGGAUACUCUCUCUGUACGACAGAUGCGACUGGAGGGAUUAUCAGCAUGGAAAGUCGAAGGAAUCAUCUCGACUAUUCCCCUUCUCCUCCAGGUCGCUCUUGUACUAUUCUUUGUGGGAGUGCUGGAGCUUCUAUGGCCGCUGAACAAGACCGUGGCUCUUCCGGUCAGCAUUAUUGUGGCAUUCAUGAUUUUCUUCAUCCUCUUCACCACACUGGCCCCCUCCACACAAUACUGCUGGGUAGUUUUACGCCGCUCACUUGCUCUUUUGCCCCCAGAGUGUCCAUACAAAUCACCGCAGUCAUGGCUAAUCAUC